AUGAAUGCUUUGGAAAUCCCCACUGCAUUUCUCCCCAGGGCAAUCCGGACGUUAAUGAAGAACCUCAAGCGCAUCGAGGCUAGUAUCAGACAGAAUGGAGAGAGGUCUGCCGACGACCUUAUCGAAGCCGGUAAACUCUACGAAGAGUUCCUACAGUUCGUCAUAAAGCACGGCGAGACGACCGAAGCGUAUCGGCGCAGUUCUCGUCCGAGCCGUAUUAGAAACAAGGACAUAGAAGUAGACGAAAAUGAACCGCCUUCCACCACCGAGUGGCUGGCUUCUUUUGCGUCGCGUUCUGAGCCCGACAACCUUCCAAGCCCGGACGAGAUGCAGGAUUACAUUAGGCAGAUGAUCUAUAUAUUGGAUGUGGAGGUCCGACUGCGUGAAAAAUACAACGUGGAGAGGUUGAAAGCCAGGCCGGUUCAGCAUCUGAGAGAUGUGCUUGACAUGUUUAUUUCACAACUGAAUAUCCCGUCUAGAAUCAAGUUGAUCGGUGGGGGACCUGUGCGAAUGACAGAGGCAAUUGCCGGGAUAACACAAAUCAUUAACUCCCUUGGGUCAAAUAUAGACGAGUUGCUUCCUUUGUACCCAGAUGAGGAUGCGGCUGCGGCGGAUGCGGAUAGGAUGAUUGCCGAAAUGAUGGCGGAGAAUGGCGAGUGA